ACCUUUUCAGCCAUAGCUCAGAGAGGCUGCAGCAUGCUAGCUCCAAACCACUACCCCAGAAAGAUGAAGCUGGCCAGGACGUCACGUGACAGAUCCCUUCAAUAACUUUAUUUAUAAAAGUCAAUUCUGACAUUCGCUUCACCCAUCAUUCUGUUGCACCCCCACAGCUGGCUGAGUAUGAUGGGAUUCGCAGCCUCAGUGACAGAACGAGACAUGAUGUGUAAUCCAUUAUACACAAUACUAAUAAAACUGUAGCAAGCCAUCGAUUCCUAGACUGUAAUAUACAGCCUGAGACGGACGAUACAUUACAUUCAUCGACACAAGAAAAACUGUUAGAUUAUCUCCAUUUCUGUCAAUAAAAAUGACAAGAAGGCGCUGUUUAUUUUGCUUUAAAAAAAAAAAAAAAAAAACCUGAACACCCCCUCCUUCACAUAAAGAAAUGGGCGUGCCGGCGCCAGUGGCCAAUCACAAUGCGCAACACUGUCACUCGUGGAUCACGUGUGUGGAGACGAGCCCAAUGUUUUCACAGGAGAGGGGAGUAUUCACUGCCUCCUCGCCAAUGCUUAUUUCCGCCCGGUCUGUGCUUACUUCCGGUUCAACCGCUUCUCCCGGUUUGUUUACUUCCGGUGUGUUUUGUUUAUGCCUUUAUGCCCCCCCUCCCCCUCUCCCCCUUUAUUGAAGAACUCCAACUAUGAGCAAUAUGGACCCACGGAAGAUGAAAGUGACUGAGCUUCGGGCUGAGCUCCAGCGGAGGGGCCUGGAGAGCUGCGGGCUGAAGAGCGAGUUGUGUGAGCGGCUGCAGGAGGCGUUAGACUCGGAGUUACUGGGGGUCGAGGAGGACGAUGCAGAGGACUGCGCCUAUUCCGCCAUGGCAGGGCAGGAGGAGGACGACGAGAGCGUCUUGGCGCUGGCAGCAGGCGAAGAGGAGGAGGAGGAGGAUGAGGAGACCGUGGAAGGGGAGGAGGACGAGGAUGAGCUGGACCAAGAAGGGGGUGACAUGUCCUCCCAAAACAAACCCCCUCCAUCCUCCAGCCUGCCCCAGACUGCCACCCCUGAAUUGAGGGAUUCCCCCCCUGUGGAGUGUGACACCAGAGACCUGGGGACUAAAGCAGCAGCAGUAAGUGAAGGUAGGUACACUGGUAGGUGUUGACUGUUUAGGGCAGGGGUCCUCAAUCUCUGGCCCUCCGGAUGUUGCUGAACUAUAACUCCCAUGAUUCUCUGAAUUACAUAGAUAGCCAGAGAAUCAUGGGAGUUGUAGUUAAGCAACAUCUUGGGGGGCCAGAGUUUGAGGACCCCUGGUUUAGAGGAAAAGACUGUACUCUCUUUAUGAUAAGCUAAGGUUUACAUGAAUGAAGGUUUGGAUAGAGUGCUUUUGUGAAAUGUUGCUGAAGUUGCCUUCUUAUUCGAAGGCUAAAAGUUAGCGUCUUAUUCAGGUAGUUUCUUAUUCAGAUUGUCUUCAUGUUCAUCCAGAUUACAUUUUUUUUCAUGAAUGUGUUUACCAAAAACAAUCAUAAAAACGUCCAACAUUUUUAGUGUAGCUUGAACAUGAAAUAUGCCGCCAAACCCCGCACACUAAAAUUCCGAAAAUGUAACUGAGCUUUUCCCUUAAGAUAAACAUAAACAAUAGAAAUCUCGCCCUGGCGUCUGGGAUGUAAGUCCUUUAGUUAUGGCAGCUGACUGAGGGAGCAUUGGAGCCGGCUGCCCUGUUGAGCAUGGAGGUGGCGAGCGAGGGAACAGUAAUCUACUUGCAGCUCCUCUCUGCUCCCUUGCGUGCUGUUUAGUGAUGCUGUAAUAUGGCGUCACUCCGGCCCUGGCAACACUACAGAGAGCGCGAGCGAGCAGAGAAGAGUUGCAGGUAGAUUAUUGCUCCCUCGCACGCAGGAAGAUUAAAGGAACACUAUAGUCACCUAAAUUACUUUAGCUAAAUAAAGCAGUUUUAGUGUAUAGAUCAUUCCCCUGCAAUUUCCCUGCUCAAUUCACUGUCAUUUAGGAGUUAAAUCACUUUGUUUCUGUUAAUGCAGCCCUAGCCACACUUCCCCUGGCUAUGAUUGACAGAGCCUGCAUGAAAAAAAACUAGGUUCACUUUCAAACAGAUGUAAUUUACCUUAAAUAAUUGUAUCUCAAUCUCUAAAUUGAACUUUAAUCACAUACAGGAGGCUCUUGCAGGGUCUAGCAAGCUAUUAACAUACCAGGGGAUAAGAAAAUCUUAAUCAGAACUUGCAAUAAAGAAAGCCUAAAUAGGGCUCUCUUUACAGGAAGUGUUUAUGGAAGACUGUGCACGUCACAUGCAGGGAGGUGUGACUAGGGUUCAUAAACAAAGGGAUUUAACUCCUAAAUGGCAGAGAAUUGAGCAGUGAGGCUGCAGGGGCAUGUUCUAUACACCAAAACUGCUUCAUUAAGCUAAAGUUGUUCAGGUGACUAUAGUGUCCCUUUAAAAAGAAGCCCCAACCGACCCCAGGGAAAGAUCCACUUAGCUCUCCCAAAGGUAUGGAGACUGUAUGGAUUUCAAUUAAAAUAAAAAUCACAAUUUGUGUGUGUGCAGUCUGUUUAGGUACCUGCCUCUCCCCAAUCGAAUGAGAGGUGUUUUUACUCACCUUGUUUCGCCAUAGCUGGUCCUGCUUCCAUGGCUGAGAUUGAUUUCACAUCGGAAAGCAUUGGGAGGAUAUUGUGCAUGUGCAUCAAAACACUGCGCUGUGCCAAUCAACAUCUUCUUAUAGAGAUGCAUUGAAUCAAGUGGGCAACACUCAUGCAGAGACGAUGGCCACUCUCUAUUUGCCAUCUGAAUGUCUGUCGCUAAAGGGGUUACUAGGCAGCAAUGUUAAAAAGGCAGUGUUUGCAUUGAACACAUUGAACACUCGGAGUUACUGGGGGUCGAGGAGGACGAUGCAGAGGACUGGUACAGGCUGUACACACCAGAACAACUAAAUUAAGCUGUAGUGGUUCUGGUGUUCAUAGUGUCCCUUAAGAAUUGCAUUUUUUUUUUUCUCAUUGAAAAUGUAACUUUUCCUUUAGAAAAAACAGUCUCCUAACUUUUUUAGCAGGUUCCUAGAUUCCAAACAAAUUUGUAAAGCCCUGUGUUAUCUACUAAUUUGGCAUUCCUUUUAUAGGAAAAAGUUAAAUCUGACAUAAGCCAAAAAAUGGUAUUAAAUAUAAGUCUGGCACAAAACUGGCCACCAUAUCACCAGUCCAUUUCAGUGGGAAGUUCUGAAUGUGUAACCAAGGGGUGGCUCUAGACUUUUCGAGGCCUUAGACGAAACUCAAACAUGAAGCCCCCACCAACACAAUUAGUAAAAAAAAUAAUAGGGGGUUGACUUGUGUGUGUGUGUGUGUGUGUGUGUGUGUGUGUGUAUAAGGACAUUGGCUUUGGACACCGAAAGGUAAUCUCUGUAUUCAUCUAAAGAGGUUUACAUUGUCACAGCUCCCUAUGCCGCUGCGUUGUGAGCUCUUUGACUGUAGUUAUGGCAUAAUUUGCAAUUAUUGCUAAUCAUUUAUACACGAUUGCUGGUUAUGGUUGUAUAACCUAGCAGUCGUGUAUACAUAAGUGCCAGUGUGAAGGGGUUAUUUGAAACAAAAUUAACACUUUGAUUGGGCUUUCAAAAAAUAAUUUGCCAAAUAAUAAAGUUACAGAUAAAAAAAACAAUGGCAUAGACAUUUUAUCCACAUAUUCUAUAAUCCUUUACAUGUAUAUUAUCAUAUGUUUCCCUAUGUAUUGUAUGUAUGUGUGUAUGCAUAUAAUAUAUAUGUUGCUUGCAACUUUACAUUUGCAUUACCCAUACCAUACCACCCUCACAUUGCAGACAGACACACACUCACUAAUAAACGAACACAUAUAAACGCUAAUACACACGUGCAUACACAUAAACAUGCUGAUGCACAGAGACACAUAUAUUCUCUAAUACAGACAUACAGUCACAAGGUGUAUUUAUCUGGCUGUGUGUAUUUCUGAGUUUGUCUGGCAUUGUCUACCUGUGUGUGUGUCUGACUUGCAUGUGUAUGUUUGUGUCUGGGACCGUAUGUAUGUGUGGUAGCUGCUUGUGGUGUUUUGUGUAUAAUGGGGGCUGUCUGUGGCAUUUGUGCACUUUGUUUAUGCUAAAUCUAUGUUUUAUGAUGUUGUGUGUAUGAUGAUUGUCUUGAGAUGUGACUUUGGAGCAGGGAUUCCCAACCCAGUCCUCAAGUACCCCUAACCAGUCCAGGAUUUAGGGAUUACCCUCCUGUGUCUAAAGUGUUGUUUUUUUUUUUUUGUUUUUUUUCUAAAAACACAACUGGGUAAUCCCUAAAUCCUGGAUUGUUAGGGGGUACUUGAGGACUGGGUUGGGAACCCCUGCCUUGUACAAACGACCACUGUAUAUCAGAUCUCUGGCAGGUGACUUAGGAGCACAGUCAGGUAACAGUAAUGAUUCAUCAAAUGCCUUGUCUUGGGCAGAGUACCAAAUAAGUCGCCAAGGUAUGGGGGUGUAGGUAGAGACGGCAGCAACUUGAUGCCCAAUGACAAAACCUUCACAGGUCAAGGCAGAGUCCACAUACAUUCCCCAUGAGGCACCCCUUAUGGUGAUCACACAAUCAUUUAGAAUUUAGGAGUGAGUGACAUACAACAUGUUUUGUGUACUGUAGGCAUAUAUUGCAUUUGAAUUGACAGACAAUACAGGCCUGAGAUGAACACGUUUUUAACACAGGAAUGAAACCAAACUUAAUAAGAUACUCACGUCUAAAUGUCCCUCUAAAGAAAUGAAGGAUUUGCUGUCUGAGAAGGACAUGGAUGAGUCAGAAGAAGCAGCAGCUGUGGAUUCCUUGAUUGGGGAAGCUAAGAAAGUUGGAGAAAGAGGAUCUAAUGCUGGUAAGUAUUUAUGAAUUAAUUGAAGAAAAAUGCUAUCCUCUUAUAAUGGUAAGCAAAAACAGAACAUAUUUAGCACAUUCAGUCUAAAUAAGCUUGUUUGACCAUUAUGAAACAUAGUUGAUAUAAUUAAAGGAUUAUUUACUAAAGUGAAUUAACUCAAAUUUCUUUAAUGAGGCACUGUUUUUGGUUAAAUUAAUGGCAUGCCCACCCUCCUCCCAUCACACACUGUGAAGAAUAGCUUACCUGUGUUCCAGUGCUGAGGCCAAAUUCUCUCAACAUCCAGAUUCUCCUAUAGUGAUGUCACCUCUUCUCCCCCCCCCCCCUCCUCAUACACACCAGGGACGACAAGUUGAGUGGGAAGGGGGAAGGGCAUGCGGCCAUGGUUCAUCUGUUGCCAUCAUGCAAUGCGUAUUGACAACAGACACCUUAUAUGCACACAAGUGACAUUAGCUAUACUGGAACUCUCACUUUGGCCUGGCUAAUGUUAGAGUUAGGAGGGGAAUUAUACAUCCAACAGAUACCGUAAGUGUUUUAACUCCAAGCAUCAUGUCCACUUAACAUACUGCAGUAUGGAAAUCCAUUAGUAGUCAAAGUGGACCUCCAAAAGAAUUGCAGUGAUUCAUCAUUUGCUUUCUCACAGCAUGAAGAAAAUAGAUUUUCGUAACUUUAGAUCCAAUCUGUUAUUGAUGUCUGGUAAUCUCAUAUGUAUUUUUUAUGCAUAGUGUGUAGUCUCAUGGUGCAUUAAAUUUGGUAUAUAAGUUCUGUCCGUCUUCAUAUGUGUAUGGUUUAUCUCUUGAGACAUGUCCAUUCAGUUAUUUUUUUUUUAAUCAAUGCAAAGGGGUCAAGAGACUACAAGAGGAAGAACAAGGUCAGACCUAUCAUGAAUUUAAUGAAGAGGCAUGUUUCAGUCGGUGAGAGUUUAUAUCUAUCUCUUUCUACUCUAGUUUGUUUAAUGGGAUACACGACACACCCAAACAACUUUAGCUUAAUGAAGUGAUUUUGGUAUGUGUAGAUCAUGCCCCCGCAGUCUCACUACUCCGUUUUACUCACAUUUACAAGUGAAAUCCCUUUAUUUAUGCAGCCCAAGCCACACCUCCCUCUGGCUGUGACUCUCACAGCCUCCAUUAUAAAAAAAUAAAAAGUUAAUAUUUUCAAACGUAGCUUACAGCAUUGUGUGUUUGCUUCAGAAGAUCUUAUCUCCUUGUCUGUUAAUAGAACUUUAAUCACAGAAAUGAAGCUGCUUUAGACGAUUGCCUAGGAAAUAACAGAGCAGGUAACAUGAAAUUCUAAAUUAAAGGAACACUAUAGUCCCCUAAACAACUUUAGCUUAAUGAAGCAGUUUUUGUGUGUAUAGCAUGCCUCCUAAGUUUUACUGCUAAAUUCACUGCCUAUUAGGGAUUAAAUCACUUAGUUUCUGUAUAUGCCCUUGCCACACCUUUCCUGGCUAUGAUUGACACAGCCUGCAUGGAAAAAAACUGGUUGUUCCGCCAAAAGUUUAAAAAAUAAAGUGGCCGCGGGCGGCGAGGGAGCAGUGAGCAGUGAUUUCCCUGCUCAGCUCCCUUGCGUGCACAGCAGUAAUGCUGGAGCUGGAAUAUGAUGUCACUUCGGCUCUGAUUUCACGAUGUUGAUACACUAUGUGAAAGGAUUUCACUGGAAAAAUUAAUUGGGAACCCCUGCCUUAAAGGACUACUAUAGGCACCCAGACCACUUCAGUUUAAUGAAGUGGUCUGGGUGCCUGGUCCAGCUAGGUUUAACCCUUUUUUCUAUAAACCUAUAAACCAGAGAAACUGCUAUGUUUAUAUUAGGGUUAAUCCAGCCUCUAGUGGCUGUCUCGUUGACAGCCGCUAGAGGCGCUUCCGCGCUUCUCACUGUGAAUAUCACAGUGAGAAGACCCCAGCGUCCAUAGGAAAGCAUUCUGAAUGCUUUCCUAUGAAACUGGCUGAAUGCGCGCGCGGCUCUUGCCGCGCAUGCGCAUUCAGCCGAGGAGGAGGAGAGCUCCCAGCCCGGCGCUGGAGAAAGAGGUAAAUUUAACCCCUUCCACCUCUAGAGCCCGGCGGGAGGGGGACCCUGAGGGUGGGGGCACCCUCAGGGCACUAUAGUGCCAGGAAAACGAGUAUGUUUUCCUGGCACUAUAGUGGUCCUUUAACCCCUUAAGGACACAUGACAUGUGUGACAUGUCAUGAUUCCCUUUUAUUCCAAAAGUUUGGUCCUUAAGGGGUUAAACAAUUGUAUCUUUCACUGUAAAUUGAACUUUAAUCACAUACAGGAGGCUCUUGCAGGGUCUAGCAAGCUACUAACAUAGCAGGGGAUAAGUAAAUCUAAAUUAAACAGAACUUGCAAUAAAGAGAGAAUACAUUUUAGAGGACUCUUUACAGGAAGUGUUUAGGAAGGCCGUGCAAGUCACAUGCAGGGAGGUUUGAGUAGGGUUCAUAAAGUGAUUUAACUCCUAAAUGGGAGAGAAUUGACCACUGAGGCUGCAGGGGCAUGUUCUAUACACCAAAACUACUUAAUUAAGCUAAAGUUGUUUUGGUGACUAUAGUGUCCCUUUAACAAUAAAGGAAGCUAAUAAAAAACAAAAUGUUAGACAACUUUUUAUGUUGUUUGAGUCACAGAUGGGGAGGUGUUUCUCUGGCUAUGUAAACAAAAUCUCCUCCAUGACCGAGCAUUGAGCAGUGACACUGCAGGGGCAGUCCUCUCUUUAAACAGCCAGAAUGAAUUGUAAGUGUGUUUUGGGUUGCAAGUUUGGAUUUUUUACAGCAAAAAAAAAACAGAACACUUUUUUUUUUGAAGAUUUUUAUUGUGUUUUAGUUUGAUUGUUUUUCAUUUGUUUGUUUUUGAAAAUGCUUCAGGCAUUUAGAACUUCUCAAUGAAUUCGGUCAUAGCAGAGAACUAGUUUUAUAUAUUGCAGUUAAUAGCAUUAUGAAACCAUAAUUAUUUUACGAUGUCUCCUGAUGUGAAUGUCGGAUGUUUGCAAUAUUGAAAGUAUUUUUUAUGUGUCUUAUUAUGCAUCAAUGCUUGUAAGUCCAGGCUGACUCAUUGAGCUGUUUAUUUUUUUAUCUUUUCUUUAGAAGUAACUCUCCUCUUCCUGCAGAAGAUCCACUUGACAAUGUUGAAGAGUGUGCGGUCUGUUUAGAUAUAUGUAAGCUAUUUUCUUUACAACCUUACUUUACAACCAUGGUCUAAUUCUACUAACGAAACUUUCAAGCACCAUAACUACUACAGCUUGCUUUUGUAGUUGUGUUGCCAGCCAUGUCCUCCACCCAAGUACAGUUUGACAACUUACCUGGGGUCUGCCACCUCUCUUGGAGCUGGAAGCUCUCAGUCAAUCAUUAACUCUUUAGCUCUGUGCUCUGUGCUGUGUCAGUGCAGGACUCGCCACCUUCAGAGGAAUUGGUGGCGGGUAUCUGGCAUACCCCAGUUAAGUUGUCAAAUUGUUCUUAAAAGGUUUAACUAAUUGCUGUCGGAGAGUUUCAUGGCACUCCUGACACCACAACCAAUACAGUUGGCUCUUUUAACUGUUCUUUUAACUGAGAAAAUCUUAUAUUAUGUAAUAUAUAUAUAUAUAUAUAUAUAUAUAUAUAUAUAUAUAUAUAUAUAUAUUGUAAAAUAAUUCUGAUCCAGGCUUCUUUCUUCUGCCAGCUACCUCUGAUCUGCAUUUUAGGAUGGAUAAAGAUCGUUAUGGAGGGCAUCCACUCUUCUUUACCAAAUUCCCCUCAUUGUGGUCUGGGUCUAGAACCACUCAUGGAGUGACAGCAGGGAAGGUUUACUUUGAAAUAAAGGUGAGCAUCUUAUACAGUAUUCCAUACACUUACUAAAUAGCUAUUAAUCUCUGAAGACAAUAAUACCAAAUUCUAACAUUGUUACACAUUGAAAUUCUAUUUUACUCCAUGUAUUUUAUUUUGACAUGUAACUAUCAAAAACAAAUUGAAAUCCUAAACCUAUAAUGUACUCUCAAAAUCAGGGGGGGAAACAUCUGAUCUGACUCUAGUGUAGUUACAUGUGGUUUUAGAACCCUAUAAAGAGUUGCCUUUGUAAAGGGAUACCUCUUCAGCAUUUGAGCUUUGUAUGAACUACUUGAUAGGUAGCUUUUCAGCAUGAUGUAGAACAUUUGUAUUUACUUUUUUGAUUGGCAAAACGUGUGCUGUUUUCCCACAAAUUAGAAAUUUAAAGCUUUAUUUUCUUAGUCCAAUGUUCUGUAUCUUUGUAGACAUCAUCUGUUUAUAUAUUUAUUGACCAGGAUUUAUUUGGGCUUGUGAUAACUACUUUUUAAAUAUCGUUUUACUGACCUCUGUAGGGUGUAGUUUAACUCCUUUAUUAACUUUCAUUUAUGGGAGUGUUUUUAGAAGCUGUAUAACACCUGGAUAUUUUUUUUUUUUUUUCAUGAAGGAACAUACUAAUGUUUGGAAUACAAAUGUAUUCGUAACAGAAGAGUGCUAUAUUAAUUGUACAGAUAUUUUGCUUUGCCUUGUAUCCAUUAAGCAAAGGGAUCAUCAAGCACUGCAGCUACUGCUAUUCCGUUGGCAGAGACCAUUAUUAGAAAUGCUUUCAGCCAAUAAAAUGUUUUUACAUAAGGAAGAACUGGGGGGCUAGUGUGCUUGUGAGCUGCACUGCACCAGUCAACGUAUGAGAAGCAAUCAACGUCUUCAUGUAGGUUGUGAUGAUGCCAAACAUUGGUCCUGCAAAGAUUGAAGAACUGCUCCAGGACGCUCCACUUGUGCAUGUCUGAGUGACAGCCAUUAGAAGUAGUUUUAGAACACAAUGUAAACCCUACUUUUUUCAGAAAAUGUAGUCUUUGCAUUGAUAAGGCUUCAGGGUCAGUUUCUCUGCACCAGAACCACUGCUUUAAGCUGUAGUGGUUCUGGUGUUUAGAAUGUCCCUUUAAAGAUCAGCCUAUAAAACAUAUGUAUUGUACUGUAUUUUCUUUGAAUUUUACUCAUACUUGCUAAUUCUGAUCUCUCUCUCUCUCUCUCUCUCUCUCUCUCUCUCUCUCUCGCCACUUACUAUGUGAUUAAAUAUGGGUGCUCAAUAAAUUAAUGUUUCUUCCACUAUAGAGAACUCUGAAUCUGCCCUUAAAAGAAGGCUGUACAGAGGUACCCUUGCUACGCGUUGGAUGGUCCAUUGGCCACUCUAGACCUCAAUUCGGUAAUGCUAUGGAUUAGGAUUACUUUUUAAAAGUUACUGUGCAGAUUCCUACUGCCCUGGCUGUUCUACUUUGCAUGAGCUGGAUGUGAUUUUGUUUAUUUCUUUCAAUUCAGUCUGUCCUGGCCAAUAAAAAUUUGAUCCAGAUCCAACUUUUUUUUUUUUUUUUUCUCUUCUACUUGUUUUCUUACAUUAGGAGAGGAUGGCCUGUCCUUUGUUUAUGACAGCCGAGGCCUUAAGGUUACUAAAGCACAUUUCGAAGACUAUGGAGAAAGCUUUGGAGAGAAUGAUGUGAUUGGCUGCUAUGCUGUAAGUUUCUAUCCAUGUUUCUACUUCUUAAAGUAUUAAAGGAUCACUACAAAUUCCCCAGUACCCUUACAUAUAUACAGUUGCAAGAAAAAGUAUGUGAAUUCUUUGGAAUGAUAUGAAUUUCUGCACAAAUUGGUCAUAAAAUGUGAUCUGAUCAUCAUCAACAAUAGACAAUCACAGUCUGCUUAAACUAAUAACACACAAAGAAUGAAAUGUUUCCAUGUUUUUAUUGAACUCGCCAUGUAAACAUUCACAGUGCAGGUGGAAAAAGUAUGUGAACCCCUAGACUAAUGACAUCUCCAAGAGCUAAUUGGAAUGAGAUGUCAGCCAACUAGAGUCCAAUCAAUGAGAUGAGAUUGGAGGUGUUGGUUACAGCUGCCCUGCCCUAUAAAAAACACACACCAGUUCUGGGUUUGCUUUUCACAAGAAGCAUUGCCUGAUGUGAAUGAUGCCUCGCACAAAAGAGCUCUCAGAAGACCUAUGAUUAAGAAUUGUUGACUUGCAUAAACCUGGAAAGGGUUAUAAAAGUAUCUCCAAAAGCCUUGCUGUUCAUCAGUCCACGGUAAGACAAAUUGUCUAUAAAUGGAGAAAGUUCAGCACUGCUGCUACUCUCCCUAGGAGUGGCCGUCCUGUAAAGAUGACUGCAAGAGCACAGCGCAGACUGCUCAAUGAGGUGAAGAAGAAUCCUAGAGUGCCAGCUAAAGACUUACAAAAGUCACUGGCAAAUGCUAACAUCCCUGUUAGCGAAUCUACAAUACGUAAAACACUAAACAAGAAUGGAUUUCAUGGGAGGAUACCACAGAGGAAACCACUGCUGUCCAAACAAAACAUUACUGCACGUUUACAGUUUGCACAAGAGCAGCUGGAUGUUCCACAGCAGUACUGGCAAAAUAUUCUGUGGACAGAUGAAACCAAAGUUGAGUUGUUUGGAAGAAACACACAACACUAUGUGUGGCGAAAAAAAGGCACAGCACACCAACAUCAAAACCGCAUCCCAACUGUGAAUUAUGGUGGUGGGGGCAUCAUGGUUUGGGCCUGCUUUGCUGCGUCAGGGCCUGGACGGAUUGCUAUCAUCGAAGGAAAAAUGAAUUCCCAAGUUUCUCAAGACAUUUUGCAGGAGAACUUAAGGCCAUCUGUCUACCAGCUGAAGCUCAACAGAAGAUGGUUGUUGCAACAGGACAAUGACCCAAAGCAUAGAAGUAAAUCAACCACAGAAUGGCUUAAACAGAAGAAAAUACGCCUUCUGAAGUGGCCCAGUCAGAGUCCUGACCUCAACCCGAUUGAGAUGCUGUGGUAUGACCUCAAGAAAGCGAUUCACACCAGACAUCCCAAGAAUAUUGCUGAACUGAAACAGUUCUGUAAAGAGGAAUGGUCAAGAAUUACUCCUGACCGUUGUGCACGUCUGAUCUGCAACUACAGGAAACGUUUGGUUGAAGUUAUUGCUGCCAAAGGAGGUUCAACCAGUUAUUAAAUCCAAGGGUUCACAUACUUUUUCCACCUGCACUGUGAAUGUUUACAUGGUGUGUUAAGUAAAAACAUGGCAACAUUUCAUUAUUUGUGUUAUUAGUUUAAGCAGACUUUGUCUAUUGUUGUGACUUAGAUGAUGAUCAGAUCACAUUUCAUGACCUAUAUGUGCAGAAAUCCAUAUCAUUCCAAAGGGUUCACAUACUUUUUCUUGCAACAGUAGGUAAGUAGAAUUAGAAUCACUAUGUAUAGGUUUAUUCUCCCAUGUCAUUGCAUUGAGACACAUGGCAAAUAACGCUUUCACUGGUCUUACUAAUAUAAAGACACCUAACUCACUAGAGAAAAAGGAAGCUUCAAACAUUAGAACUAGUGUUUCAAGAGAGAUGUAUUAUAAGAAAACGACUUGCAUAUAGAAUAUAUCAAAACUCCAUAAAUAUAGCUGCCAUCACUUAUGUUCUUACCCUCUUCCUUGUGGAACUCUGCGGAUGACUCUGCAGAAAUCACACUAGAAUUAACACGAAGCAGAUGAAGGUUACACGACUAUAGAAAGAUAAUUUUGCAGGCACAUUCUGAUUGAGUAUCAUAUUGAAAGUCUACUAUACACCCAGCAAGUGCUUGUAACUUUGCUUGAGUGCAAGAGACUGAGACUGUAAAAGUGAAGAGAUCAGAGGGUGAAAUGUGUGCACUUUGGGAACGAGAGUGUACUAGGAAUUAAUGGUCCAUAGGGUUGUCAAGCAGCAGAUAUUAAAAAAAAAAAAAAAAAAAGCGGCUAGAGUAUGGGAGCUAAAUGUUGAUUUUAUUUACAGAUUAAGUGACCAAUAACAAGGAAAAAAAGAAGGAACAGAAAAAAUAAAUCUAAAUAGUCUAUAUUUUCAAUUAUUGUGUAUGUAUGUGUAAAUACAAUGUUAAACAAAAAUCUGCACACCAGUCAAGCCAUAAGACUUGCUUUUCCCACAAAAUUCACAAAUCUGCAGUGAGGUUACUACCGCAAAGGAUUCUGGGUGGGCAUAUGCAAUUUAUUCAACAAAAAAAUCACAUUUUUGCCUCCUUCCAUUUUAAACAUGGAUUCAUUGGAGUCUGUGUUUGCUGUAUCAUUUAUUUAUUUUCCUCUGAUCUGCUUUGUUUAUUAAUUAAGUUUUCUCGCUUGAUCUGUGAAACAAAUAGCGGUAAAAUGUAGUGUACUGCAAAAUAUGUACAUAAUCUUUAUAUACAUUUUUACACCCUAUGUUGUUUGUCCAAAUGUCUACAUUGUUUUAGCAUUUCAGGAAAAAUUAAUCCGCCAAAACCAAACUUUCCUGUUGGCAAACAUUUGCACACUCAUCUGCAAUAUGGAAUCGGUAAUCCUUUUGCUUCUGCAAUCCAUUUUGCAGCAAAAGCCGUUUGACCUGUCUCCUAAAAUAAACAGAUAUGUGAUCUAAAGCAAAUGCAGUUUCUGAAAGCUUUAGACUUGAUGACUAAAUAGAGAAUUAAGCUCAAUCAACAUUGUAUCCAAACUUUACUUGAACUGCUGUUUUGGUCAUAUUCAAGAUUAAGAAAGUAAACCUGACCUUUGUUUAAAUUCAGUUAGAGCACUCUUUGUGGCAGCAGGCAUUUUAAUGUUUAGUUUGAGUUUGUCACUUAAUAAUUUGUAUUUUAUUUUCUCAGGACCUGGAGGGGGAUUCUGUUAAGUUAUCAUUUUCCAAAAAUGGUGUAGACCUUGGCCAGGCCUUUCUUCUAAAAAUGAAAUCUCUUGGAGGACAGGCACUUUUUCCACAUAUACUAUGCAAAGGUUGUGCCUUUCAAGCUAACUUUGGACAAAGAGAGAAACCUUGGCAUGAGCCAUGUGAUCGGUUUAACUUUCUGCAAGAAUGUCAAGCUAAAAAUCUGAUAAGAGCACAGCUGGCACCUAAAUCUACAGAGGAAUGUGAGGUAUGACCCAAAGUGGGUGUUUAUACAGGAACUCUCCCUAUUAAUUGUUGGUGGUGGGUGUUUUCUUUUUUUCUUUUUUUUUUUCUUACCACAACUGCGUUAUGCACCCUGAUAAAAACACUGAUAUAACAUUUACUGGUGUGAAAGAAAAAUGAGUACUCGCUUCUGUAAAAGUGAUAUGUCCUCUUUAAUGGGACAUGAUAUUUAAGCUCAAUUAUUUCUCUCAUAUUCCUACCAGGUACUGCUGAUGGUUGGGCUUCCUGGGGCAGGGAAGACCACAUGGGUUCAGAAACACAGAGAAAAGAAUCCUGAUAAGCAUUAUGUACACCUGUGUAUAGACAGACUGCUGCCACAGUUGAAGGUAUGAAACCUAGAAUAUAGUAUAGUAAAGCAUAAAGUUAUUUAUAUAUAUUUUAUAUAUAUAAUAUAUAUAUAUAUAUAUUUUCUCACUUGUCUCUAUGUAGACAGUUGGACCUGAUACCCCGGAGAAGAACUCGAAAACUAGAGACGAUCUUAUCAAGAUGGCCACACAGUGUCUGAUCCGUCUGGUGCCAAUUGCAUCACGCAGAGAAGGAAAUUACAUAAUUGAUCAGGUGAGUCUAUCUCUGUCCCUUGUUUUUUCCUAUUUCAUGACAUAUUUUAACCCCUAAGAUGAACACUGUAGCGUUAGGAAUAAAUAUAUGUAUUUCCUAACACUACAGCCCUGAAGCCUAUAGAUAGUUUAGUUCCCUCCUCAUCUGACUUUAAAAAUAAAAAAAUAAAAGUAAACAAAUAUUUCACCUUUGUUCCAGAGCUUAGUCUCCAUUUGGCGCUGCCACAACCCCCUUAUUGGGUUCGUCAUUCUGGUGGCGUGUUGGCUAAAUCCAUUGUGGGAACGUAGGUGAAUGUAGUAAUUCUCUAUGGCCGACCGUGACGGCACUGCGCAUGAGUGCAUGAUGCCAUCGCAUGUUACGGUAUGUAAGCCAGGAAGUAAGAUUCCCAGCUUUCCUAUCCAGGGGGCUGGAGGUGUGGCUUGUAGCCAUUCUAUUUAGUUUAAUGGAUUUUGGGGGGGAGGGGAGGAUGGCUUGUGGAGAGAGUGGGUGGAGACGCUAGAAGUUGCUGAAGGGACUACAAUGUCCUUUUAAGGACCAUGGCUCUUUUGAGAUUUAAUGUGUUUGUGACCAAGGCCCCUUUGGCACUUUUGUCAUGCGUUCAUUCUACCAUAUUUUCACUCUUUUUGUUUAAGUGCACAAACACAUAUUAAAUAUGUUAUAUAGGAGAACUAUAACUUUGUUUUGAUAUCCUACAUGUAUAGAUAACAAAACAUUAUAUGGAUACUAAAAUCACCAGAACAACUACAGCUUAAUGUAUAGUUCAUCCCUGCAAGUUUUUUGUUGUAAAAAGUGCCUUUUCAGAGAAAACAGUGUUUACAUUAAAGCAUAGGGACACCUCCACACUGUGCAGCACUGACAUUCAGUGUCUCCACCCUCUGCAUGGAGACACUGAACUUUCCUCAUAGAGAUGCAUUGAUUUAAUGCACCUAUAUAAGGAGAUGUUGAUUGGCCAAUGUGGUGUUUGGUCCUGUCCACACCCUCCUUAUCUAAAUUCUGAUGUCAGCGAAGAGGCGGAUAGGGGGUGCCUGCAGAGCUUUGGAGAGCUGGAAAUAAGUUAAGUUUUAACCCUUUCUAAGGGGGGUGAGGGGUGCAACCACCUAAAUGGUGGUUUUAACACUAUAGGGUCAGGAAUACAUAUUUGUGUUUUUGAUCCUAUAGUGUUCCUUUAAAUAUGAAUAGAAGGGGAGGAGUACCUUUUUAUUUUUUUUAUUUUUUGCAUGUAAUAAUUUUUACACAACAAGUGCAACUAGAGAAUAAUAUCUUAAAACAGAUUUACUUAUUAGUCCUGAUUUUUUAAAUGCCCAAUAUGUCUAGGAUUUUAAUACCUUUUUAGAAGUUAUAAAACACAUAUUGAAACGAGUGGAUUAUAGUUUUAAAGUAAAACUUUGCAAAAUUUGGCAAAGAUUACAACUUUUAUUGUAGAAAGCACAUCCCACCAGGCUAUAUAACUAAAAGCAUUUUGACACUUUUCAUUUAACUUUUUUUUUUUUUUUUUUUUCAUGAAAUUUUUCUGCUGGUUAUAUUUAAUACUUUUUGUGUGUGGGUUUUUUUUUUCAUGAAAUGUUUUAUUUUGGGUAAAUUUAACAGACCGUGUGUGUCCCACUACUGUAAAUGCUCCAUGUUUGUAUUCUGCUACUGAUCUCGAGUACAAAAAUACCCCAAAUAUAUACCUUUGCCCCUAAUCCUACCACAAAUACAGUCCCUUGAAAUUAGCAGAGGGAUUCCCCAGUUUACACAGUACAGAGCACUAGGGAGAUCUCCCUAUAAUGCUGCAGCACCAGCAAAGUUCAUGGUACAGGAGCUCCAGUUCCUGUACCCGGAGCUUCAGUUCCUGUACCCGGCCAGACUGACAGGAAGUGCUCUCUUAAUGAGCAUUUCCUGUCAGUGCGGCCAGGUGCAGGAAACUGAAGCUCUUGAACCGUGGUCCAUUUUGCUCCACUCGACCACGCUUUACCGAAUGGCUGGUGGGGGGAGCGCUGUGCGCUUCCUUCCUGCCGGUCACUCGAUUCUUGCACCCCCAGAGCCGGUGUGGCUGUGUGUUUAGCCUUACGGACGCGCCAGCCCUUCGUGCGUUGGGCCACGGUCGCCUCACACAUUAUUGGCAAUAUUGGUAUCAAUAGUGGCCGAUUAUCGAUUUGGCUGCUAUUAUAGGCAAAUAUCGUUAUCAGUCUAUCCUUAAUUAAAGUCACGUAGAUGGGCAUGAACGCUCAUCUAUGGUGCUUUAAACUGAUUUAAAGGAUUAUGUGCAGUGCUUACUUUGAGCGCUGCACACAGCUCAUUUGUCAGUGUAAUUGUAGCCCUAGAUGAAAGAGAGUAUCAAAUGAUCCCUAGGGCUGCUUGGUGUCAGCAGGAAUUGAGUCCUAGUGGUACAUUUAACACAUGACGGCGUGUGCUGUCAAGGGUUGUUCAAGCCCUGACUGUUAUGUGGCCCUUAAACAGUUAAUGUCUUUAUUUCUUCCCCUCCAAUCUCCUCAGUGUACUGUAUAUAGAUCUGCGCAAUACAGGAAGAUGAAAUGCUUUGAAGGUUUCAAACGUAAAGCAGUUGUCUUGGUCUCAGAAGAAGAUGAAUGGAAAAGGAGGUUGGAAAUUCGCAAAAAAGAAGGAGAGAUCUAUCCGGAGUCUGUCCUCCAGCAGAUGAAAGGUAAUCACAGUAUGAUCUCCGUUGAUAGACAUUUCUAUAUUCUUAUAAAAAAUGUUUGUAUUCUUAACCAAGUGACCAAUGCUUUUCUAAGAUUUCAAGAUUCCAAGUGAUUGGUAGAAGAUUUUUGUAACACAUCUGCUAUAAUUUAAUUCUGCCUAAUUGACAUGCUUUCUCUUAAAUUACUAUGUAUUGUUUGGGGUGGUGUUGUUUUUUUUUUCUUCUCCUUUUCAUUGUUAUUUAUUUAUUUUACAAAGUGGUAGACCUGUAGCCCAGUCCUAGUUUAUUAAUGUCACAUUAAUUUAACAUAAUAUAAGAGAACACAAUGGGCAACAAAACUGAUCAAAUAAAUUGAUCUGAAACCGGUGGUACAGCAUGCAGGGCUGAUUGGUUUUGGUGUGUGUCUAAAGCUGGUAAUAUGGAAGACUAGUAUCAAGGCAUAGAAAUUGUGAGAUGACCUGCAGUCACUCAUUGCAAAUUCCAGUUUUUAAAUGGUUAAAUCUUUUGUAAUUUUCCCAUUAAAAGGAAACACUAAGCACAAAAACAACUUUAGACAGGGACAGUGAACCCCUGGCCACUGUAAUUGAGAUGACGUGGUUUGGAUGCCUUUAGUGUCUCUUUAAGCGUAAUGAAGCAGUUGCAGUGUAAAUUGGGCACCUGAAAUCUCACUGCUCAAUUAUGUGCCAUUUAGGAGUUCAAUCACUUUUGUCUCUGUGAAUGAAACCCUAGCCACUCCUUCCCUGUCUGACUCGCACAGUCUGCAAAAAGAACCAUUUGGCUUCCACCAAUUGGAGAAGUAUAUUCCUUGUUACUAAGGGGUACUCUUUACUGCCCUGUCACUUAUACACUUGGUGACAGUGGAAGUACAGUGUAAUUUAGCAUUUUAACCCCUUAAGGACCAAACUUCUGGAAUAAAAGGGAAUCAUGACAUGUCACACAUGGGUGAUAUAGGUCAUUUUUGGUGGAUCGCUGUAACACUGGUACAAUUGAAGCAUGAACCAGGAUACUGCUGAAUAGUUUAGGCCUAGGAUAUCUGACAAUAUCCGAUACACCAGAUAUCAUUGUUUUGAUGGGCUAGUGCAGCAUUUUGAUGCCGUAGCGUGUGCUCCAAGGCGGGAAUCAAUUUCUGCUUUUGGUACACUGUAGGAUUAGCAAGUACUUGGCCAAUUCUGACUGUCUCACGAGUGAGACAGUCUAGUGAUAGUGUUUAAUUGGCUCCCAACCCCUGAAAACCAACCAAACCAAUUGUAUGCCUUAGCUGGCAAUAUGAUCUGCUCUGACAGUGAUAACACUUCUCAGUUUGAAGUAGCAGUCCAGGGUUAUGAUAAGCUAGGGUUUUAAAUCCUUUUAGAGUUAUUAUUGUGUUAGUGUCAUUAACACAAUUUUUAUUAUAACAUUGAUUCUAAUCAUUGGAAUAAAGUUUGCAUUUGUGUAGGAAGGUAUUUAGGGGAACAUGGUAGGUUGAUUAAGAUUUUAGGUAUUAAAUAAAAAAAUAAAAUAGAACUUAAAUUAUAUAUGAAUUUUUAUUUAUGAUGUUAUAAUUUUAUUUUUAUUUACUUAUUCUGUCCCACACAUGAUAUUCCCCUCCCCCCUUUUUGCAUUUUUACACACCUAAUAUUGUGAUAUGUUUUAUAGGCCACCAGAAAUGGGCAUAUUGUUUUAUAAAAAGCAUUGAAAUUAUUUAUAGGUGAACUUAAAGGACCACUAUAGUGGAAGGAAAACACUUGUUUUCCUGGCGCUAUAGUGCCCUGAGGGUGCCCCCACCCUCAGGGGCCCCCUCCCGCCGGGCUCUGGGGGGAGGAAGGGGUUUAAACCUCUUUCUCCAGCGCCGGGCGGGGAGCUCGCCUCCUCCUCUUCGGCUGAAUGCGCAUGCGCAGCAAGAGCCGCACGCGCAUUCAGCCAGUCUCAUAGGAAAGCAUUUACAAUGCUUUUCUAUGGACGCUGGCGUCUUCUCACUGAAAAUCACAGUGAGAAGCACGCAAGCGCCUCUAGCGGCUGUCAAGAGACAGCCACUAGAGGCUGGAUUAACCCUAUUAUAAAAAAGGGUUAACCCUAACUGGAACUGGCACCCAGACCACUUCAUUAAGCUGAAGUGGUCUGGGUGCCUAUAGUGGUCCUUUUUAAUGAGAAAUCAGGGAAAUAUGAUAUAACAAACACAUAGUGGGGGUUCCCAUUUUCUUUCUAACACGUUUUUUCCUUUUCCAUUCACAUAGCUGCUGUUAAUUGCCAUAUUUUUGUACCUCCUUCCAGCUCAUUUCGACAUUCCUAAGAAGUGCGACUGUCUGGAUGAGAUUAUCUGUCCUGAGCUUGGGAUUCAAAAGGCUGUAGCAGUUACUUUAAAAGCCAAGAAAGAAGCUCGUUCUUUACCUGAGAAGAGACAAAAUUGUGAGAAAAAUUAAGAUGAACAGUUUUUGUAUAUGUUUUUUGUUUAUAGUUUAUACUGGCCUUCGGUUUUGUAAUUGCUUUAGUCAUAAAUAAGACAAGGGGUUAAAAUGUAGGGUCCUUUAACUUCUGCAAGUUGAAACUUAAUCAUAACCGUAAAAACUCUCAACAGGUGCUGUGAAACCACAGUUACAGUCCCUUGUUCCCAAACAGCUCAGAACACGGGCAGGUGAGUCUCACAGGUUUUCUGCAAUGUAAUUGUUUCACUUGUUGCUUUGAUGUUGGACUUGCCGUUGACCAUUUGUUGCACUGAUGAUUAUACAAUGCAGUUCUUUUUUUCUGUUCUGCAAUCGUGGUUUCAAAUUUAAAUCCACAAAAUAAACCAGUUGUUAAGGGAUUAUAUUUUUUCCUGUAGAUAGGCAGUACAGACUUUAGGAAUGUUCAGCCAUCUUCCGCAGGACAAGCAGUCUUUUUUGGAAAGAACAAAUUAAGAAUGAAAAAGGUUAAUUUAAAAAAAAUUAAAAAUAAACUAAAUUCAAUUUCCAAAUCUGUGAUUUCCAGCUUAUUUUUUUUUUUCCCCUUUUGUUUUGUGCAGGGCUCAGUAAGAGAAUGUACCCAAGGCCACAUUCUUACCAUAGGCCCCCUAUGAGCAUGCUGCACUGGAGGCCGCAAGUUCGAGUAAGUGCAAGAGAGGUCAGGGUUUGGCUGUAGUUACAGAUGAUGGUUUUUGUUUUGUUUCUUGUGAGAUGUGAAAGUUUGGGGAAAAUAUGCAUUUCCUUUAUGUGAAUAGACAAACAUCAAAGCAUCACCUUCUUGAACAUUAUCAUAAUCUUUAUCUUCCUCUUACUACUGCAUAGGAUUUUCAGAAUUACUAUGAUCCAUACCAACCUCAGCAGAAUAGACAGAAUAGAUACUUUGGACCUCAAAACCAUGGCCUUCAAAACCAUGGUCCACAAAACAGAGGGGUAAGGGCGUUGCACUUUUAUUUUUUCCUACUCUAGUUGUAAUUAUCAUCUGGCAAGUCACUAGUUCUAAUUUACUGCAUUUUGCUUCAACACUGCAGUGUUAUUUCUAUUAAUAUUCUACAAAGAAUUAAAAUGUUGUUGCAUUUUUUAUAUAUAUUUUUUUCUUCUAAUUAGCGAUCAUGGAUAAAUUCUUUGCUUUCAUGAAAAUGUAUACUUGAAUUUAAAACAAACAAGCAAGCAAAAAAUUUAAAUGUAUUUAUAUAUGUGUGUGUGUGUAUAUGUGUGUGUGUGUGUAUGUGUGUAUAUAUAUAUAUAUAUAUAUAUAUAUAUAUAUAUAUAUAUAUAUAUAUAUAUAUAUAUAUAUAUAUAAUCUAUAUCUCAUGCAAAAUGAAUGGCUGCUCUCCGUUCUCUAAAAGAAAACUAAAAUUUAUUUUAUUAUGUUAAAAAUAAUGACUGUUUCAGUCCCCGUUUGGGACUUUCUUCAGGGUCCAAAAAUAACAGGACAACAACAGAAUUAAACUGGUUGUCCUGUUAUUUAUUUUUUUUGACCCUGAAAAAAGUCACGAAUAGGGACUGAAACGUUGGUCAUUAUUUUUAACAUUAUCAAAAAAAUUUUUUUAAUUUUUAUUUUAGAGACCGGAGAGCAGCCAUUCAUUUUGUGGAUGUUGUAUCAUAUGGAGCUUUGGUUCAUGCGCCCGGCAUUGGAGCAGCUUAAGCGUUUGUUUUAAAUAUAUAUAAAUAUAUAUAUAUAUAUAUAUAUAUAUAUAUAUAUAUAUAUAUAUAUAUAUAUAUAUAUAUAUAUAUAUAUAUAUAUAUAUAUAUAUAUGUGUGUGUUCCUCUUUGUCCUUGCACACAUACUUUUUUUUAAAACUUUUUCAAAAUGCCGGGUGCAUUCUAGCCAUAGCCAUAAAUUAUAAUACAAAUAGUGAAAGGCUUGCACUCACUGUCUUUUUUCUUUUGUAAAAGAUUCCUUUAUUUCAUUCUUGUUAAAAUAUGGUCCACGUUUCAGCCAUUGUUCGUGGCUUUCAUCAGGAUCAAAUACUGUUAAAGGAACAGCCCACACACAAAGAAAUACAGUUUUACAUUUAACAAGGCUACUUAAAAUUGCCUACCUUGGCAAAUAAAUAUGGGGAUUUGGUUCCACUUAUGGCCAUAUUGUGUUAAGCCCACCACUAUGGGUGCUUCUUUGGAGGUGACCACAUGAAAGCUUAAAUUGAGGAGUCUCUGUUUAUACUGCAAGUAAGUAUUGCAAGUUAGCAUGUAAAUCUACCAUAUUAAAAUUAGUAUAGGAACACCUAUAUUGGGGUACUCUCAUCUAGUGGUGGGCUUGACACCAUAUGGCCAUAUGGUGGAACUGAAUCCCUAUAUUUAUUCGCUAACAUAUGGAAUUUUAAGUCGCCUUUUUAAAUGUAAAGCUGUAUUUCUUUUUGUGUGCGCGCUGUUCCUUUAACUGUAUUUUGUAUAGUUUCAGUAGAUGGCACUGGAAAUAAAUUAAGAUAUACAAUCCAGGUUGGAGUUGCAAACAUAGCCAAAGUUGGAAAUUCUUCCAAAUUAACUUUUUUUUUUUUCUUCUCUUCUUAAAUUAACGUUUUUGAAUUCUUGACAGUAUACACUUUAGUGAAUAACCCUGGGUGGUGGUGGGGGGGGGGUUACUUUACUACAUUGCUUGAAAUGUUUUAUUAAUUAGAAGACGAAUAUCAUUUGUUUUUCUCCUCAGCACUGGCAGAAUUCCAAUAACCGGACUCAGAAUUGGAACUACUAUGGAUAUCCAUGAAAGUCAUAAGCUCCUGAUGGGGAAUAUAAGUGAAGGAUUGUUUAUAUAUUUUUUAGCUUUACUGUGGGAAAAGAAAUCAUGAGAAAUGCAGCUGGUUUCAAGGAAUAAAAUAAUAUAUAAAAAUGUAGGCUUCUUUUUGUAAAGGACUCCAAGCACUACAGCCCGCUACAGUGGUUCUGAUUCCAGGAAUGCCCUGGUGCCAUCCCAUGUUAAAAUCUGAACCUGUGCUGAAAUGGUUUCACAACUUAACUGGGUCCUGCUUAGUGCUGCUGCUUCAUUUGGUUUACUCCAGUAGCAGACAACGGUUGCUUUGUUGAGCAAAGCAGGACCAUGCUGAGAGCAUGAACUGAACACUAUCAACCAAAAAACAGUCAUGCAAAAGCCAUGCUUACUCAACAGUGACAUUUGGUGUCUUCUGCUGGAAAAAACUUGAUGCGACAGAUAAGGUGUGGGACCCAGGUAAGUUUUGAAGCCGUGAUAAAAUAGUUUGAUGUCAUGCCACUAUAACACUACAGCGGCCUCUAGUGGUCAUGGUGCAUGGAGUGCUCUUUUAAUAUGUAUGUGAACAUCAGGCAUACAAAUCUGUUGGUGUUUAUUCACUAAACAGAAUUAUUGUGAAAGUCGGAACUUGAUGAACUUGAGUGUUUGUUUUUACCCCACUCUAUAUUUCUGUGAAAAUAAAUAUAUGUUGAUUUGAAAUCCAGAUUGGCUAUUUUAGCCCAGAUAUUGCAAUCUGGGAAAUAAUUCCAAAUCAACACCAUUUUGACUAUCUUUUGUCAUUUUGCAAAAUUCACUACAAAUUAAUUUAAUAUCAAAUAAGCCCCUUUGGUGUCUGUGGUAUGUAAUUUGGCAGAAUGGCAUAUUUUUAUAGGCAAGAUUCAGGUGUGCAGGUUGUUACAUAUAUUGACUGAUUACAAUUUCUGAUCUUGUCCUUUCUGCUGACCUUAAGAGCACUUGUAGUUUUCUAAAUUAUCACUUGCUCCAUCUUGUGCUUUUUGCUCCUCCUUCUACUGGAGUUAUUGCCUUUUUUUUCCCUUUUCUACCUUUUUUUAUUAUGUGUAUUUUUGUUUUAUGGGGGAGGUGGGGUAAUGUUUUAUUUAAAAAAACAAAAAACUGUUACAUGCUUUUGUUGUCCACUUCCUUUUAUUACGAACAUAAAAUAUCUUUUUACAUCAGUGAAGACGCAGAAUAUAUCAUUGUUUUUAUAACCCCCUUUUAGGUCCUCAUACUUCUCACUUUUAUAAAUUUUAUCAUCUGAUUUUUGAAAAAUGACACCAUCUUAGCAUGUAUUUUAAUUAUACACUUACAGUGAAAAAAUGUCUGUGGAAGUCCAGGCUGGGGACUCGUUGCUAUGUAAGGACACGUGCAGUGGCAGUCACUCAGACGACCACUAGAAGUGCUUCCUUGGUCAGUGCUUUGCAUGGAGACGCUGAACUUUCCCCCUAGAGAUGCAUUGAGUCAAUGCAUCUGUGUGAGGAGAUCAUGAUUGGCCAAGGUGGUGUUUUGCUCCGCCCCACCUCCUUGACUAAGAUCAUCAGAAUUGACCAUCUCAGCCAAUCUAAUGCUUUUGCAAGGGUUUACGAUAGCAAAUCCAAUGCUUUCCUAAGAUUGUUAAUUCUGGCGGUGGAAUAAAGGUGAGUUUUAACUCUAUUUAAGGCGCGGUGGUGCUAUCUAAAUAGUGUUUUUAACAUUAUGGGGUCAGGAAUACAUGUUUGUAUUCCUCACCCUAUAGUUUUCCUUUAAAGACCAAUUUUUAUUUUUCUAUAUGUAUGGAAUUUAAUAUAUUUGCAAAACACUUUCAGGGUUAUUCACUAAAGUGAGAAUUUAAAAUACAUUAAAAGGGUUUAGACCAAAGGAUGUUACAGGCAAAUUGUAUAAAGUACAAUAAUAUUCUUUAAAACCAGAGUCAAUUUUUCUAGGGUCUAAUAUUACUUCUUGGCUUUGUCUCUAAAAACAAUUCUUCUUCACCUUUUACCAAGUCUUGAACAGUGUUUGGGUGAGAUCGCUAUACAAGCUAUAACGUUGAGCUAUAAUCACUGUUCUAUGUGCUGGGAGAGAUACUUCGAAGGUAAAGGAGAACCUUGGUGGUGACACUCAGGUUCCUUGGUGAGUGGUCCGCCACAAGACUAAAAACAGACCUCUAUAAGGGCUUGUGGGUGAAUACGGUCAGGCCCUUGAGCUUUGUUUACAUUAACUUUUGUUAAUUGCUGCAGCACCUUGGGUUGAAUCAUCCAAUCACAGUUUUUCUUUAAGUUUUUUGCAGCAAUCAUUUGCAUAUCUCUUGCCAUAGCUUGCUACUUAAUAUAUACUGAGGAAAAUAGUUAAAAUGUCUGCCUUUUCCUGGUUUUCAUUAACAAACACACACUCUCUGUUUCGAGUGUACUAAGCUUUCAUAUAUUUUUUUUUUUAGAAUUUAUAUACUUAUUUCAAACUUUUUUUUUUUUUUUUAAGUUUGGUUUUGCUCUUUUUGGGAAUUACGUUAAAUUUUCUAGUUUUUCCAAUCUAAUUGUCUUUAUGCAUGCAUUAUUAUCUUCCUUAUAUCAUUUAUAGAAAGCCUGUGAUUUAAAUGUUUUAAAUUCCUUUUUCUUAUUUUUAAUUACUUGGUUAAUUUCCCACUAAGCCACACUGGUUUAAAUUUGUUUCUUUUAUAUUUAUUACCCAAAGGUGCAAACUGAUAAGAGUACCUUUCUAAAAUUUGUUUGAAGAUAUUCCUCAGGGCUUUUUUUCAACUAAAGAGUUUAUAUCAGUCAAUAAGUUGUAAAGCUGCCCCUAUUAUUUAAAUUAAUGUUUAUAAAAUAAAAUUACAUGUUUUAGUAUACCCCAUGUGCACGUGCUUUUUUACGUUAAUGUCAAAAGACACCAUAUCUUGAUUGCUAUUUACCAAGUGCUCCCCUACUUGAAUGUUUGUCAUUAGAUCAACAUUGUUUAUGACCAGAUCCAGACAAGCAUCCUUUCUAGUUGGUGCUUGAGCAAGUUGGGACAUGAAGGGGUCAUUUAACAGGUUCAAAAACUUGAUUUCCCUUUGCUGAACUACUACUCCCUUUAUCCCAAUUUAUUUCCCGGUAAUUAAAAUCUCCAAUAAUUAAUGUGUUACCUAGAUGUGCAGCUUUCCCAAUUUGCUCUUAUAGCUGUUCUUCCUCAUCAAUAUUAAAAUUAGUUGGUUUAUAACAUAUCCCAACCAAUAAUUGAUUUUCCUUCUUUUUCCCAGGCAGAUAUCUACCCAUAUCCCUCCUCACAUUCCACUUGUGUAAUAUUUGGCUUUAACUUUGACAUACAAACAUACCCCACCACCUUUCCUGUUUUUUUUUCAAUCCGUCCUAAAUAAUGUGUCACCAUUUAAGUUAACUGCCCAUACAUCCCAUGUUUACGUGCAAAGCAUAAGGAUGUCAAUGUCUUUUCACAAAGUUAAAGUCUGUGAAACAGCAGGAAACAUCUCUAGUGGCUAUUUGGUAGACCGCCACUGCAGUUAGUCUUAACAUUGCAAUGUAACUUUGCAGUGUUUUAGGUUGCAGGGUUAACAGGACAGGGACACUGCACCCAGAUUACUUCAAUGAGAUGAAGUGGUAUGGAUGCCUAUUGCGUCCCUUUUAAUGCCAGUAAAUGAGUUGAAAAGUUAUGGAUUGCAUUUGAUUUUGACAUAUUUCUGGGAGUGCACUCCAGGAGAACACCAACGUUCUAGUGUGAGAAUUACAGGGCAAGGUUAUAAUACUGGCUAAGUUUCUGAGGUUUACUACCGGUGGAGUGUGAGCAGGACUUGACUGGAAACUUUUGGCCAAGAGGCGAAUCAGUGGUGAAACGAAUACAGAGAGUGUGGAUGUUUGGAGGAUAAAUGCAUUUUGUGUGAGCAGGGGAUGUUAUAUGUAUGUGAAGAAGAUGCACUGUGGUAUAAGGGCUGUAUUUUAUGUGUGAGCAAGUGAUGGCUUUAAUUUGUAGGAGUUCUUUGUUUUUCUUUAAAUAUAAAAAAAUUAAUUGAUAACAUUGUUAUACAAAAUGUUUAUUUCCCCUUUUGGCAAAGGAGGGGGGACAUUGCGAUCCUGUAGAUCUCUGUUUUCUGCCUGCACCAUCUGCCUCAUCCCAACAGUGUUCCACAGUGCUGGGUGGGAAAUCCUGGUCACCUUAAAUCAAGCCGCUUUCAUUUGGCACAUGGAGUUUCCUCAAGUCCUGGGUAUCUUUCAAUGCCUCACCACCUCCUCACUUUAUCAUCCCUCCAAAUAGCGCCCUGAUAUGUGAUUCUGGGUCAGAGAGCAACCUUAACAAAGUUUUACCGGACUGCAAAAUUUCUGUGAUCCGAUCAGGAGUUCCAGAUGGUUUGGAGGUUGCUUCCGGUCAGGCGCGCUGUGCCUCUGUGAAUUCCCUGCCAGUCUGUGGUAACUCCUGGGCCACUGGAAAGGGCCUGUAAUGCCACAACAGCAUGAACAAAUGACAUGAUAGCAUACCUAGUGAUAUUAAUGCAUGUCAGAAAUAGACACUGCACAUUUUUAUAAAAGUAUAAACAAUCAGGCAUAGUGUAUGAGUAGUCAACUAAAACUUAGUGUUAAGGAAAAACAUGCUUAUUUAGGAAUAGACUGGUCAGGCUACCCCACACGUAGGCACAACAAAAUGGAGUCCACCAGGCAUACACAACACAGUAACAACAUAUGCAUUAGACAUGGUGAAGCCUAUGAGUGAUAGGGGUAUGUAUAGACAGUGUGAAACAUGCAAUUGUAACUUUACUUUAGGAAAAAUAAAGGGCUGCUAUGUAAACGAGAACAAAAAGAAAACCUAAUAAAAUACAGUAGUCCACCACAUAGCAUUUAAUCCAGGAGGAGACGUAAGCCGGUGCGGGGGCUUUCACAGUUGGUCUCAUGGGCCCUCAUCCGAUACCCGAUAUGAGAGUAGACUGCUAGGCUCUUGGAGUAAGGGGGUUAGGCGUAUGUAGCAUGGGAAUGCUGAUGACAGGCCCACAACUGAGAGUUCCAAACCCCUAUUAUGAUUACAAUGGGAUUGUACAGCAGCUGCCAUCCAGAGGAGUCAGAAGAGCUAGAGUCCCAAAAUUCGAGGUCCCUUCGGGUCCCCAAACUAACACAGGCCCUGCAGCUUCAGGCCUUUAGAGAUCAAUGGUGCCAUGUUCCCCUGAGAUCCGUUGUGCAUGUAGGGAGUCAUUCCGACCUAUCAGAAGACCAGAAGGCCUUGUCUAGAUUUGAUCUAGAUUUUGCAGGCAUUUAGGUUGCGUUGGUGUGUCUGAGGCUUACAGUCGAGCUGUCAGGUCACCUUGCCUCUUCGCCUCAAUAUUAGCACAGAAUCUUGAGAAGAUUAGAUCCAGCUUAGCCAGGGUUGUGGCGAUAUAGGUCUCGGCAGCGCCUCUGGUCAUGAUCACCGCCAUCUUAUGUCACACAGCACCCCUGCGCUUAGCAGCUUUAGGUACGAAGAGUUGCAGUGGGAGAUCUCAUGGGACCCAGAUAACCCCCACCAGUCUGGAGGGUGGGUGGGGAGUGCAGAAAUCCACUCAGUGUAACAGGAUGUGGCAUCUGGAGAGCAACCGCCCCUCUGAC